AUGUCGAGUGAAACGCACAUCGACUUCAAUAAUUGUCAGAUCGGUCGCAUACCCGUCGUUGGUCUUUAUGGCAUUUCGGGUUCAGGGAAAACAUUUGUGCUGGAGGCCCUGAAACGUGCGCUUGGGACCGAUCACAUCCUCGUGGAAGGCUCGGAGGUAAUAUCGAAGCUGGUUGAUGGUGGCUUGCAAGGUUUCCACGGUCUCGAGGAAAACCAAAAGGAAGCUGUGCGACAACUGGCUCUCCAGACCAUCCAAGCAGACUGUCUCAACGACCGCAAAGUCGGUGUGGUGGCGGGACAUUUCAUGCUCUGGUUGGGUGCAGAGGGCGUGGGAUCCUCGGUGUGGACGCAGCAAGACGCCAGCACCUAUACUCACAUUAUCUAUCUCAGUCCUCCGGCAGAGACGAUACACCAUCGCCGUUGCCACGAUGCUGCCAAGCCACGACCUGAGGUUACGAUCGACAAACUGCGACAAUGGCAGUCUGAGGAGGAACGCCAAUUGAGGAUGACCUGUUAUCGAAGUGGCAUUAUCUACACAAGUGUGAGAGAAGAUUCGCCAUUGGCCCAGGUCACGUCUCUGCUCGAGCUUUUCCUCCAUCGUGGCCAGGAGAGUCACAGGCGGGAAGUAGAGAAACAGCUGGACCACUUCAUCGCUCCGGCCGCAAAGAAUCUUGUCUCGGCACUCGUCCUGGACGCAGACAAAACAUUGUCUCCUGCUGACUCGGGUCACUUGUUCUGGGAACAUGUGCACUCCCAAGAACUGUUUGGGACGCAAGGUGACUAUUUGAAAGGGAUUUUUGGCGGACCACUUGGUUACACCAGUGCCGCCUUCCUUCAAAUGGCGUUGCUGUACGAAGAAUUGCUGACCUUGAAUGUGUUCGACGACGUCUGCACCGAUGUUGCGGAGAGAAUAUCAUUGUACCCCGAUGUGGCGGCACUCCUGCUAAGAUUGCGGAGAGAUGGAAAAACUGGGAUACUGAUUGUUACAUGUGGGCUGCGCCGAGUCUGGGAGCGGGUACUGGAUCGUCACGGACUCCUCGAUAGCGUCAAAGUCAUCGGCUCGGGUCCCAUACGUGACGCGCAUGUCAUCACUGGUCGAGUCAAGGCGAACCUGGUGGCUCACCUUCAGCGAUAUUAUCACCUGCAUGUCGCGGCUGUGGGAGAUGGGGUUUUGGAUCUCGAAAUGUUCGCUCAGGCCGAUCGAGCUGUUGUCAUCGUGGGAGAUCAAAAGACUCGGAGUCAGCGCAUGGAAAAGGAGCUCGCUGCAGCUAUCACAGGGGGAAGAGUCUCUGCUAGCCAGGCUCUUCUGUCAGCAGCAAGAUCACCUCGUCUUGACACCGGCGUUCUCCCGCUUAUCGAAUUGAAUGCCUCAGAAUUUGACGCUCACAUCUUGCGCGGGUUACCCUUUCCUUUACUCAACACAAUUGACCUCACCGAAACUCGCAUCGCACAGAUUUUGGCAACUCCAAUGCGAGACUCUUCCAACAAAGGGCCUGCAUUACGAAAUGCACACUGGCAAACCGGCCGGUAUUUAGCGCAAACCACUCUACCAAAUCUGUUGGGGGUUGAAGAGUACAUGAUCCGCCACGUUCAGGGCCACAACGUAUCAGGACAUCGCAUUGCGCAACAGAACAAAGCGCUGAUAGUAGCCUUGAUGCGUGGAGGCGAGCCGAUGGCGAUGGGGAUCAGCGAAGUUCUACCUUCGGCGUCAUUCCUGCACGCGAAAAAGCCCGAAGAUGUCACGGGAGAGAUUUUGGAGGGAACGUCAAUUGUUAUUCUCGCGGAUUCUGUGGUGAAUAGUGGUCAAACCGUUGCUGACUUUAUCGGCCACCUAACAUCCUUGAAGCCGACCAUGCGAAUUAUUGUGAUGGCAGGCGUGGUUCAAGUUGAAGCAACAGCCAGGAUCGAAGGACUGUGCACGACCAGACAAAGUCGACGUGUGGACUUGGUCACGCUGCGAGUCUCACACAACAAGUUUCCCGGGCGCGGCGGAACAGAUACUGGAAAUCGCCUCUUUCUCACAGAAACCCUCAAAUAG